GGAGUCUCUGAAGUCAAAAGAAGUUCUCCUUCCUUUCAUCUGGUGGUUAAGCCAAUUUUUACCCUAUUCCUUUUUCAACAGCUAGGAGGGCCCAGUGGCCACACAGAUGCGUAUUGAUUGCAAAGGAAAUUUCAGCAUGCAUUGUUACCCAUGGCUCUCUCUUACACUGGCAAUGGUUCAGCACUGGACCUGUCUUCCCUCUGUGUACACCAAUGACUUGGAACAAACUUCUGGAACAUCUCUGAGAGACAGACGUGGAUUGGUUCAGAAUCCAUUGGUGAUGCAUGAAGAACUAAUGUUAACACAUUCUUUGAAAUUUGUCCAGAAGCAAUCCAGCUUGGACAAGCAGGAGAGGUCUCAGAAAUAUAUGUCUAGUGAUAACGAGCUACAGUUUUUGGAUGAACCUUAUGAAGCCACCAUUCCUGAAAUGUCUGCUGAAGGUACUUCUGUGAUCCAAGUUACAACUUCAGACCAAACAGGUGCCCGCCUGUUUUACAUUAUUCUUCAAGGACAGCCCUACUUUUCUGUAGAAAGAACAACAGGAGUGAUAAGAGUAUCUUCCCCACUGGACAGAGAAACAAUAGAUCGGUAUUUUGUUGUCAUCCAAGCCCAAGACAUGAUUGGUCAAAUGGGUGGACAUUCAGCAACAACAACGAUAACUAUCAGGAUCUCAGAUGUUAAUGACAACCCUCCACGAUUUCCCCACAGACGUUAUCAUAUGAAUAUUUCUGAGGCAGCACCCAUAGGAACCACUGUAGGCAAAAUCUUGGCAGAAGACAGUGACAUAGGAGAUAAUGCAGCAAUGAACUAUGAAAUAGAAGGACAUGCUUCUCACAUCUUUUACAUCAUUACCAACAAUGAGACUCAUGAAGGAAUUGUCAUAUUAAAGAAGAAAGUAGAUUAUGAAAGCAGAAGUCGGUAUGAUAUUAGAAUCAAAGGUAUCAACAGAUUCAUCGAUGAGCGCUUCCUACAAGAUGGGCCAUUUGAAGACACAGCUAAUGUUAAAAUCAGUGUGGAGGAUGCUGAUGAACCUCCAGUUUUCACCUCAAAUGAAUAUGCAAUGGAAAUUUCUGAAGGGGCUAUGGUUGGUUUAUUUGUAGGAGCUGUGAGUGCCAGAGAUCCAGAUAAUGCCAACAGUCCCAUCAGGUAUUCUCUUGUCACCAGCAACUAUUUAAACAGUUGCUUCAGCAUCAAUUCAUUCAAUGGAACAAUCAUUGUAACUAAACCACUGGAUCGAGAGUCAGCACUGUUGUACUAUGUAGUUGUUACAGCCACUGAGUCAAUGAACCCCAAACAAACAUCACAUGUGAAUGUUUCCAUCCAAGUUGUUGAUGUUAAUGAAUAUGCACCAGAACUUUCCAAAUACUAUGAAAUAUAUGUCUGUGAAAAUGCAGUGUUUGGACAGCUCAUUCAGACCAUCAGUGCAGUGGAUAAAGACAGUCCUAUGGAAUAUCAUCAUUUCUUCUUCAGUUUGGCUGAAGCCACUACAAACAGCUCCAGUUUUGCUGUCGAAGAUAAUCAAAAUAAUACAGCCGGAAUUCUUACCAGAAGAAAUGGCUUCAAUCAUAAAGAGCAGUCUGUUUUUGCCCUGCCGAUCCUAAUUGCAGACAAUGGAAUUCCACCCCGUACCAGCACAAGCACCUUGACAGUCUUUGUGUGUGAUUGUGACAUCAAAGCUAAUCCCAGAUUCUGUAGAUAUGGUGUCCUUGGCAUAAGCGUAGAAGCAUUCAUUGCGGUGAUGGCUUGCACGUUAAUAAUAUUAGUGUUUGUUCUGGCAAUUCUGGCCUUCAGGCAGCAGAGGAAGAAAUCUCUAUUUCAUGAGAAAGGCGAGGAGUUCAGAGAGAACAUUGUUAAGUAUGAUGAUGAAGGAGGUGGAGAACAAGACACCGAAGCCUUUGAUAUUGCAACACUGAGAAACCAUUCAGUCCUGAGGGAGCACAAGCCUCGAAGAAACAUCACAACACAAAUUCAGAGCCUUUACAGGCAGUCUCUGCAAGUCGGCCCUGAGAGCGCUGUAUUCCGGGAAUUCAUUUCACAAAAGCUAGAAGAAGCUAACUUGGAUCCAGAUGUUCCCCCUUAUGAUUCUCUUCAGACUUAUGCUUUUGAAGGUACUGGGUCAGUGGCUGGAUCUCUUAGCUCACUGGGAUCAAGUUCACUUGAUCUGGAUACAAAUUAUGAUGACUUUGUUCAACUGGGCUUCAAGCAAGAAGAAAACAUGCGUGGAUCUGUAAAUAAUGAAUGGGAUUACAAACCAUCAAUGAUCACAACACAACUGGAAAAAUAGUUACAAAAACAGUAUUAUUCUAUCAAAACAGGUCAGGGGAGAAAGCCUAAGGGAAGUAGAUAGCAAGCACUUUUGGAAUACAGCACAUUUUUAAAGAUUCUAUGGAAUCAUGUACAUUUAUAUUCUAACUGUAAAGAAAACAUCAUAUCAACAAAUAAGAAUAUAAUAGAUUCAUUAUACCAAACAAAUAUAUUUGAACCUGCAGUACUAUAUAUCUAUUAAACCAAGUAAAUAUAUCUUUAUCAAAACUUUAAAAUAGUUAAUAAUGAUAUGUUCUAUGACACAUUCAUAUAUACCUCAGGAUUUCCUCUUGAGCAUUUUCCUCCUGCUUACAUGAGUUCCAAUACAUAAUAAAUGACUGCCAAGUCUUAAUAAAAUGUUAUUGUUUAAACAGUAAUUCAGAUCUGUGCUUGGAGGAAAUGUAUUGUAUGGAGCAACUGGUAUCAGAACAUGAGGUAGUCCUCUUCAACUAGAAGAAAACAGGUCAGGAUCCUGAAAUAAUGUCACUGUAGCAUUUUCUGUACCUCAGCAUAAAUGGGAAUCUCAUAUUAUGAAAAGAUAUCUAGCUACUGAUACUGUGCUAAAAAGAAGUUUAUAUUAUCAGUAUUAAAAAAAACCCUCCAAAGGUGGGUUGUAAAUAUUCUGUACAAUUUAAGCCUCCCUGCUAGUUACACAGCUGUUUUUCAUUACAAUUUAAUAAGUACAAUUGUAAAUGACAGAUUUAAUAUAUUACGUUUUAUAAUAGAAAUAUAAUUUUGUAUAGUUUUACUAUAAGUUAUGUCUCACUUUAGAAACAUGGAAAGUCUGGAUGGAAAUAUAGGGGAAGCAGAACAAAAUGCAAUAUGUCCCCAAGUCCAGUUUUAAGAAUGUCUUCUCAAAACAUUUUUUUUUAUUCACACCAUUUAAUCAUGGUUUUUAAUCCUACAUUUCUUCAGGUGUAUCCUCAUGUAUAAAUGAUUUGGACCUUUUCUGUUGAGUCAGAGCCCUACUAUACACUAAGAAAACUGGUAUCACCGGAACAAAAAUAUUUAUUUUUAAAAUGCAUAAAUUCAAAUAAAUGUAAUUUAUUAAGGCUAAAAUAUAGUUUUUCUUCACAGCCAACAUUUAUUCACAGUUAAAUGUGAGUUUUUAUUAAACUAUUGAGAAAUGUGUUAUAGUUUCAAUUAAUUUCUCAUGGGCAGAUUCUAAAAUAAGAGUAAAAAUGGACCAGAUUCAAGAAUGAGUCAAUAUUCAGUUUGAAUAUUGUUAUCAACCGUGUUGCAUAAAACCCAAUACUAUUCACAUCUUUGCAUGUUCCUUUUAUUAAGAGUUUAAAAGAUGACUGAUUUCCCAGAACAGAUUUAUUUUUUUAUUAUGGAAUAUAAAAUUAGCUGCAGCACUCAAUUUUAUUGUUACAGUAUUAAAGAUCUUUAAAAUGCUAAGCUGGUGAAUGUAAAACUUUAUGUAUAACAUUAGAUAAUAAGAUAGUAAAACACUUUAAUGUUAAUCCAGCUCUUCAGAAAAUGAUCCCUUUCCAUUUCAUUUCUCAGCCAUAGUCAGGCUUCAGAAUUAAAUUUCCCUACUAUAUUUUUGUUUACACAGUCUAUAGCGAGUAUAAAAUUGGCUCAGAACUAUGAUUCCUUGUCACUUUAUCUGUAUGGCUAUCAAGACAUCAGAUGUACUCAAAUGUAUCUGGUGAA